UUCAGACGUGUGCUAUUAUAUUUCUAAAAUAUUAAGAUGAUUUCCGCGUACUAUGUUUUCGAUAGCGACAGCGACAGCGACAGUGACGGUGAAGAAACUGCAAAUAUAAGGAUUCAGCGCCAAAUAUUGCGAGUUAAAUCCGACCCACUGAAUCUUUCAUCAUCAGCGUUCAAGAAAAGUUUUCGCAUAUCAAAGGAAAUGUUUUUAACCAUACUUUCCGAAAUUGAAGCGAAAUUUCCGCCAUUGAAGGGAGCAGGGCUGACGCCAAAAGAGAAGUUAGCGGCUACCUUAAGAUUUUUAGCUGAAGGUAGACAUGGCGUCGGUCAAGAUUGGAAUGUGGCAAUUGCCCAAUCGACGUUUUCACCGUUGUUUCGCCAAACAUUGAAAAUAUUGGAAGAAACACAGUGUCCAAAACGGAUCAAGCUCGAAAUGGAUGCCAGUGAACAAAAAGAAGCACGGCAAUACUUUUAUGAACAAAGUGGAAUCCCGGAUAUCGUAGUGUGUGCAGACGGCACGCACAUUAAACUAAUAGCGCCGAAGGAUAACAGGGAUCAAUAUUGCAAUGAGAGGGGCUUUUGUAGUUUAAAUGUGUUGAUGAUUUGUGACCAUACAAUGACUAUUCGAUACGUCAACGCUAGGUACAGUGGAGCAAAUGAUGCUGCUGAUAUAUGGGUUGCCUCUGGCGUAGAUAAGUUUUUUGCCGAGAAAUAUGGAAGUGGGAAUAGAGAUUUUAAAGUACUGGUUGAUUCCGCCUAUCCAUCCAAACCAUGGAUUGUAACGCCGAAAAGAAAUGCAACUAUAAAUUCUCCGGAAGCUGUGCAUAAUAACCGUCACGCAAAGGCAAGACACAUUAUCGAACGAAGUUUUGGUUUGUUGAAGAACAGGUUCAGGUGUCUGCUAGCAGCGAAUCAGCUCCAUUAUACUCCGGAAAUCGUGGGAAGAAUAACAAAUGUAUGUUGCGCAUUACACAAUUAUUGUAUUUCCGAAAAUAUGACAGAUCAGUAGAUCUCGGUUCCCUUAUUUCA